CAGGCAGCAGAAAGUGGUCAGUCCCUUCUUGGCUGUGCCAACACUCGAGCCCACAUUCCAUCACCUGCUCAGAAUCAUGCAGGUCUCCACUGCUGCCCUUGCUGUCCUCCUCUGCACCGUGGUUCUCUGCAACCAGAUCUCGGCAACAUUUAGUGCUGACACGCCGACCUCCUGCUGCUUCAGCUACAUCUCCCGGCAGAUUCCACAGAAUUUCAUAGCUGACUACUUUGAGACCAGCAGCCAGUGCUCCAAGCCCGGUGUCAUCUUCCUAACCAAGAGAGGCCGGCAGGUCUGUGCUGACCCCAGUAAGGAGUGGGUCCAGAAAUACGUCAGUGACCUGGAGCUGAGUGCCUGAG